AUGCCUCCUGCACUUGCCGAGAACUCGAUCGCCACAUACGCGGAGGCGGAAAAUCGCGCCGGGAUGCGAAAGGUCGAGGAAAGCUGCCGCCUAGAAAACGAUCGCAUCAUCGACCUCUUCGUCGUCAACCUGGAGUGGCCGCAACGGACGCCUCUCGGACUACAGCUGCUGAGGCAAUCUCUCGAAAAGGAGAUUGGCGCGUCGGUACACUUUGGCACUUCUCCGGGACAGGCUUACAUCUACAUCGGACUCGACUUUGCGUGGGCACAUCUGGCUCAGAAACUACGCCUGGCGAUAUUCGAGAACAAUUUGGUGCCCAAGUGGACACCUCUGUGA